UAAGAGAUAAGGUAGCCCGUGGCGCUGCCAGUCUGCCCGGCUGCUGGGGGACGUGCACAGACCGAGAGUGCUGCCGGCUGCGCAGCAGGGGCAGGGGCAGGGGCAGACUGAAUUGGGAGUAAAUGGAGGGCGGGAAGCUGUCGCGGGCGUCGCGGGCGGUGCGGGCGUCGCCGAUCCAGGAGCUGUCCCUGCUGGCGCAGCGCCGCGGCGCCAUCAACCUCGCCGAGGGCUUCCCCGACUUCCCCGCCCCUCCCCUCCUCAAGCGCGCCGCCGCCGCCGCCGUCCUCGCCGACCUCAACCAGUACACGCAUGUGCAGGGGAUUUGUGAUCUCCUGGCGGAAUCGAUGAAACGAAACCACGGUCUCGACCUAAAUCCUGUUACGGAUUUCGUGAUAUGCUGUGGCCAAACAGAGGCAUUUGCAGCAUCGAUAUUUGCAGUCAUCGAUCGAGGCGAUGAAGUUUUACUGUUCGAUCCUGCUUACGAGACGUACGAAGCGUGCAUCGCCUUAGCUGGAGGAGUUCCAGUCUAUGUGGAAUUAGAUCCUCCUCACUGGACUCUAAAUGUAGAUAGAUUCAUGAAAUCGUUUACGAGUCGGACGAAAGCUGUGGUUGUUAACAGCCCACAUAAUCCAACCGGGAAAGUUUUCAGCAUGGAAGAGCUUAAAGUCAUUGCUGAAGCCUGCUGCAAUAAGGACUGCAUUGCUAUCACAGAUGAAGUAUAUGAGUAUAUCACUUUCGACAUGCAAAGGCAUACAUCUUUGGCCUCCUUUCCAGGGAUGCAAGAAAGGACCAUCAUCACAUCAUCUCUGUCGAAAACUUUUAGUGUAACAGGUUGGAGAAUCGGUUGGGCUUGCGCUCCGGCUUCUAUCGCAUCUGCGAUAAGAAAUAUUCACAUCAAAAUCACAGAUUCCGCUCCUGCACCUUUCCAGGAAGCCGCUUUAACUGCCUUGAGAACCCCCCCAGAUUACUUCAAAUCUUUAAAAGCAGAGUAUGAGGAAAGGAGAGAUUGUGUUGUUGAGAUGUUAAGCAAAAUCGGAUUCCAGAUUCACUUCAAGCCGCAGGGCUCGGUGUUUGUGUUCGCGGAGCUACCGGAAAACUGGCAUCUUUCCGAUAUCGAUUUUGUGAAGAAUUUGAUCGAGAAAGCGGGAGUGGCGGCGGUGCCGGGCCGUGGAUUCUUCCAUGGAGACCCUGAUGGCCCCAGCUAUCAGAGCAGGUUUGUUAGGUUUGCUUUUUGCAAAAGCAUGGAGACUCUAAAAGCUGCUUCUGAGAAGAUGAGAGAGCUUGUGGGCAACAAUGGGCUUCUUCAACCUUCAGAUUGAAAAAAUUAGGAGUAAUCUUUUUUUGUUUCAUUUUCUUUUUUUUCAUUUGUAAUGUGGGUUAGGUAGAGGAAAUGCGCAUUGGGCAAUUGGCUGAGAGUAAUUUGUAAUUUUGCAUCAUCUUUAUUGGUUUCAAAAUGGCCCAUGUAAAAUACAAAAUUUUGCUUUUUUUAGAAGAAAAAAAUCCAUGCAAAAUGAAGUUUUUGAUUGAGUA